CUUUAGAAUUUUUUGAGGAAAUACUCAAAAAUUGUCAGCUGAGUCCUGAAGACCAAUUAAACGCUACAGCUUGGAAUCUUUCUCUCGACUCUGAAAAGUUCGUGGCAUCAAAAAUAACAAAGGAGUUUCGUAAG